AUGUUGGCGGUGGCUCUCCCUGACUACGGCAAUCCUGCACUGCUCAAGACGCAGCUCUGCGACCUCCCUCGACUGCCGAUGGGAAAGUUGAAGCCGACCGAGGUUGUCGUGGAGGUCUUCGCGUCCAGUGUAAACCCUACGGACUGCAAACAGAGGAAAGGCACUCUGUCGACCAUCUGCCCCUUGUCUCUUCCCUGCAUCCUCGGGAUAGACUUCAGCGGCAGGAUCGUGAGGAACGGGGAGGACUCGCCCUUCAACGUUGGAGACGAGGUGUUCGGUCGCCAGACUCUGGAUCGCAUGAGGGAGCUGAAUGGAACAUACGCGGAGUAUUGCAUUGUAGAUUGUUCGGAUAUUGCUCUCAAGCCUACCAACCUCUCGCACGAUCAGGCUGCUGCCGUCCCUCAUGCCUGUCUCGCUGCCUACUCGUCCCUUGCUCACGUUGGGAACCUGUUGGAGAAGAAAAGGCAGAGCGACAAGGCUGUGCUUGUCCUUGGGGGCAGCGGAGGCGUCGGGAGCUUUGCUGUUCAGCUUGCAAAGAGACAUUUCAACUGCUACACUGUUGCCAGCUGCUCGAAGAGGAACAUGGACUUCGUCAAGUCGUUGGGAGCGGACGAGGCCUGGGACUAUACUGACGCGUUCUUCCUCAAGAGCGCCGGCCUCACCAAGUUCGAUGUGAUCCUCGACACGGUGGGAGGUGAUGACUACUGGAGCGCGUUCCGAGGCUCCUUGUCGCACAAUGGCGUGUACGUGACGCUGGUUGGGAAUGCGCGCCACCUGGCAGAUGAGAAGAGUGUGGACUGGGGUAGCAUGCUGGAAAUACGAGCAGACUAUCUUUUCCGUCAGAUCUCCAACAAGCUCGGAGCUGCAGAGAACUACCACAUCCUGACAGGAUCUCAGAUCCGGAGUAGCGACCUGAAGAUAAUUUCCUCGCUGCUGGAGGAGGGCACUCUGCGAGUGAUUGUGGACAAGACCUUCAGCAUAUAUGACAUCAUCAAGGCCCACGAGUACUCGGAGACCCAUCACGCCGUGGGAAAGAUCGUGUUGCAGAUCAAGCAGAGUGGUGCCGACAAGGCAGGGGGGGAACAGGUGAGAGAGAUAGUCUGCCAUGUCUGCGAUCUUGCGGCGGAGUCUUAUCCGUGCCCCAGGUCAACGGAGUGGUGA